CUUCCACUCAUGUCAAAGUCAUUUACUUAGAGCAACCCCCCACCCCCCCUCCCCGCUCACACACGCACGGUAGAGACCACCACCUCCCCAUCUCUCACACUCCUCGCCCCAGCCCGGCACCGCGACAGUUUGUUUUUGUUAUCCUCUGGACCAUUUUGGGAGGAAAUUAUGAGCAAAAUAAUACAAAUACUACAAGAUUGUGCGUUUUUGUAUCGCUCCACGGAGUGUUUGAGUAUCAUCCGCUGAUGGCAUGCACAGGGCCCGCAUGUGAAUGUUUUGGGCAUCAAAUGCGGGAUGGACCUUUGGCACAUAUUGUGGUGGUUUAUUUGCGCCGGGAGAGUUUAUGUUCUGUGGCACAUCGGGCUGAAAUCACAGCUUCAUGUUGAAGGGGACCCGGGGGCGAAGAGCUCGUUUUUUAUCUUGUGCGGCUGGCGUGUGGCGCUGUUGAUUGGGAUGUCUAGGGGAGCUUUGAUAGAUCGCCUAAUUGCGUGUAGUCCGGGGCUUGGAGCGAAGUGGUGGGAGGGGAGCAACGAGUGUGGAGCUCGAGCGCUGCUCAGAUCGCUGUACGUCAGAGCUGACAUGACGAGCGAGACCCCUCAGCAGCAGCUGGACCCUCCGCCUCCUCUGAGAUCCAGCCCGGCGUCCGGCGUCCUGCAUCCCGCCAUGCUGAGCCCACAGGCCGCCACAGAAAGCUCCUCCGCGGCCGUCAAAGGGAAGAAGGCGAGCUCUGGUCUGAGGCGGCCGGAGAAGCCGCCGUACUCCUACAUCGCCCUCAUUGUCAUGGCCAUCCAGAGCUCGCCCACCAAGCGCCUGACCCUCAGCGAGAUCUACCAGUUCCUCCAGGCUCGCUUCCCGUUCUUUAGGGGUUCGUAUCAGGGUUGGAAGAACUCGGUCCGGCAUAACCUCUCGCUGAACGAAUGCUUCAUCAAGCUGCCCAAAGGACUGGGCCGGCCUGGGAAGGGCCACUACUGGACCAUCGAUCCGGGCAGCGAGUUCAUGUUCGAGGAGGGCUCGUUUCGCCGCAGACCAAGAGGCUUCAGAAGAAAAUGUCAGGCUUUGAAGCCCAUGUAUCGGAUGAUGAACGGCAUCGGCUUCGGUACCUCCAUCCUCCCGCAGAGCUUCGACUUCCAGGCUCCAUCUGCCACCCUCGCCUGUCACAGCAACAGCUACAACCUGGACAUGAUGAGCAACUCCAUGGCCGGAGGGUACGACGGACUGAGCGGCGGCCACCACGUACCUCACAUGUCCCCCAGCCCCGGCUCCACGUACAUGGCGAGCUGCCCGGUCCCCCCGAACGGCGACUACGGGCCGGACAGCAGCAGUAGUCCGGUUCCGUCCUCACCGGCCAUGGCCAGCGCGCUGGACGGCCACUCCCCGUACGCCAGCACAUCCGCGCACUGGGCGUCCUCCGGCGGCUCUCCUUACAUCAAGCAGCAGUCUCUGGCCUCCAGCAGCCCAGCAUCUUCUGGUUUACACUCCGGGAUGUCGCCAUACUCUUUGGAGCAGAGUUACCUUCACCAGAACGGCAGGGAAAGCCACUCCACCGACCUCUCAGUGGGGAUCCCGCGCUACCAGAGCCACUCCUCGGUGUGCGACAGGAAGGACUUUGUGUUGAACUUUAACGGCAUCUCCUCCUUCCACCCCUCGGCCAGCGGAUCCUACUAUCACCACCACCACCACCAUCACCACCCGCAGAGCGUGUGUCAGGACAUCAAGCCGUGCGUGAUGUGAGUGCGCGCGUCAACAUGCGGACUCCAGCGCAGAACAGCGCCUGAAACGCAGUGAAACUGCGGCUCCGUCACAUCUGAACAAACAAGCGGACUUUUGUUGACCUUUAAAGUUCUACUUUUUUUGAGAGGAUCCACAGGAUGCGUGGAGGGGUCCACUCUCACGUGCGUGCCUCCAAAAAUAGCCUUAUUUUUGAUUCUUAUUUUGGACUUCAGAAUGACGCGCUGAAGGAAACGAAUGAAGAAACCCCUCAGAGGCCUUUAGAAAAGCGAACCACUCUGCCUUUACGAACCCUGACAAGCUUUCUUCUUCAAAAGAAGUCUCAAACACCUUUAAUACGUUUGCUCUUAUAAGACGAGCAGACGAGUUUGUAUUCCAUAUACCUUUUGUUUUAUUUUAUAAUCCACACACGACGCUUUUUAGGCUUUCAUGAACAAACUUUUUGCACUCAUUGUAUAACUUUCUGCCAACUUCCCUGUCCUGUAAAAGGUAUCAAUAAAGCUGAUUUAUAUUU